AUGGGGCGCCGGUCGCGGUGCCGGAGGCUCCAGCAGCAACAGCGGCCUGAGGGCGCGGAGGACGGCGCUGAGGGCGGCGGAAAGCGCGGCGAGGUGGGUUGGGAAGGAGGGUACCUCGAGAUCGUCAAGGAGAACAAGCUGUUCCAGCACUACUACCAGGAGCUCAAGAUCGUGCCCGAGGGCGAGUGGGACCAGUUCAUUGCCCUCAGGGAGCCCCUCCCGGCCACUUUAAGAAUUACUGGUUACAAAAGCCAUGCAAAAGAGAUUCUCCAUUGCUUAAAGAACAAAUAUUUCAAGGAAUUGGAGGACCUGGAGGUGGAUGGUCAGAAAGUUGAAGUUCCACAGCCCCUGAGUUGGUAUCCUGAAGAACUUGCCUGGCACACUAAUUUAAGUCUAAAAAUCUUGAGAAAAUCGCCACAGUUGGAAAAGUUUCAUCAGUUUCUAGUUAGUGAAACGGAAUCUGGAAAUAUCAGUCGUCAGGAAGCUAUUAGCAUGAUCCCACCACUGCUGCUCAACGUCCAGUCUCAUCAUAAGAUCUUAGCUAUGUGUGCAGCACCUGGCUCAAAGACCACACAGUUAAUUGAAAUGCUACAUGCCGACAUGAAUGUCCCCUUUCCAGAGGGGUUUGUUAUUGCGAAUGAUGUUGACAACAAGUGCUGCUACCUGCUCGUCCAUCAAGCCAAGAGGCUGAGCAGCCCCUGCAUCAUGGUGGUUAACCAUGAGGCCUCCAGCAUACCCAGGCUCCAGAUAGAUGUGGGCGGCAGGAAAGAGAUCCUCUUCUAUGAUCGAAUUUUAUGUGAUGUCCCUUGCAGUGGAGACGGCACUAUGAGAAAAAACAUUGAUGUUUGGAAAAAGUGGAUCACUUUAAAUAGCUUGCAGCUACAUGGCUUACAGCUGCGGAUCGUAACACGCGGGACUGAAUAGCUGGCUGAAGGUGGAAGGAUGGUGUAUUCCACGUGUUCACUAAACCCUAUUGAGGAUGAAGCAGUCAUAGCACCUUUACUUGAAAAAAGUGAAGGUGCUUUGGAGCUUGCUGAUGUGUCUAAUGAACUGCCAGGGCUGAAGUGGAUGCCGGGAAUCACUCAGUGGAAGGUAAUGACAAAAGAUGGGCAGUGGUUUACAGACUGGGACGCUGUUCCUCACAGCAGACACACCCAGAUCCGACCUACCAUGUUCCCUCUGAAGGACCCAGAAAAGCUACGGGCCAUGCAUCUGGAGCGAUGCCUUAGGAUAUUACCCCAUCAUCAGAAUACUGGAGGGUUCUUUGUGGCAGUAUUGGUGAAAAAAUCUUCAAUGCCAUGGAACAAACGUCAACCAAAGCUGCAGGGUAAAUCUGCAGAGACCAGAGGAAGCACCCAGGUGAGCCCUGCAGAUCCCACAGAAGGGAAACCCACAGAUCCCUCUAAGCUGGAAAGUAUGUCAGUCACAAGAACUGGUGACACAGAAAUAGCUCAUGCAACUGAGGAUUUAGAGAAUAAUGGCAAUAGGAAAAAUGGCGUGUGUCGUCUUCCUCCAUCAAAGAAAAUGAAGUUAUUCGGAUUUAAAGAAGACCGGUUUGUAUUCAUUCCUGAAGGUGACCCAUUGUUUCCACCUAUUGAGAAAUUUUAUGCUUUGGACCCUUCAUUCUCAAGGAUGAAUUUGUUAACUCGGACGACAGAAGGGAAGAAAAGGCAGCUCUACAUGGUUUCUAAGGAGCUACGGAACGUGCUGAAUAACAGUGAGAGGAUGAAGGUGCCAACGGCACAGACGCUGGCUGCUGAUUGGGGAUGCGUGUGGCUUUUCUCAGCUGCUUAG